AGCGUCGAGCAAUAAAGGGGGUUCCUCUCCUUCCCGGUUAAGAGAACCGGCUCCAAAACCACUAUCUACUUCUCCUCCCUAAGACCCUAACCCAUCCCAUCUCAGGACAAGACGAUACUUAUUUGUUGCUUAACUUUGGAUUAUUCCCAGUACUUGUUUGCUGCUUGAUUCCAGCUGGUAAAUGGGCUCCGAUUGACAACGGCUAAACGGAAUUAGUACUACCCACAGAAAUGAGGAAAAGGCCUCGCUUGACACUGCACAAGGCCAGCUGCUAUAGUGAGGACUGUAUUAGUUCGCUGCCAGAUGAUAUUCUAGUUUCCAUACUAUCUCGUCUGUCACUUAAAGAGGCUGUACUUACUAGCUGUUUAUCAAGGCGAUGGAGGCACUUAUGGACGGGUAUAACUGGGUUAGAUUUUGAUGCUGAUGAUGAAUUAAAUAAAAUAGCAGCAGAACCAAAAUUGAAAAGCAGUGAAAGAUCAAAAUACAUAAACUGGGUGAAUCGUGUUGUCAGAAAUUAUAGAGGUUUGACUUUGGAAGCAUUCAGGAUUUGCUUUGAUUUGGAGAAGGGUUCUAAAACUGCUAUUGAUAAUUGGGUCAAGUUUGCUAUGACAAAAAUGGUUCAGAAACUUGAGCUGGAUUUGUUAGAAAAUGGGGAAACUCUUCGCCAAUCUUUGCGUAACUAUACGUUUCCAUAUAAGCUUUUGACUGAAACUAAACGGUCCUCUUUGAAGCGCUUGUAUGGUAAUCUUCCUAGCAAUCUGUCAUUUACUUCUGUUGGCUUUAAGGCACUUAAGGUCCUCUCUUUGAAGUGUGUAAAUGUCAAUGAUGAAGCUCUGCAGUACUUCUUGUCCAACUGUCCUGUUCUUCAAUGUUUAUCCAUACAUGGCUCCGGAGAUUUGGAGAAUGUCAAAGUGACGGGUGUGUCCCUAAAAUUGAGAUACUUAGAGAUUAUUUUCUGUUUGGGUGUGAAAACGAUAGAGAUCUGCGACACAAACCUUGUUUCCUUCAGUUAUUUGGGGGGCAACAUCAAUUUAUGUAUUGACAAUGUGCCUAUGCUGGAUGAGAUAUCUAUUGGUGAGGGGUACUCUGGACUAGAGAAUGAUGUCUUUAACCAGCUCUCCAGUUGCCUAUAUCAGCUUGAGGUUCUUACAUUGGACAUCUACCGGCCCGAGGAAAAUAUAAAGAUGUUUGCUUUUCCAGAAUUGCCCAACCUUAAGCAAUUGAUACUGAAAAUAGGAGCAUGGGAUGACGAUCCUCUUCUUCAAUUCACUUCCUUAGUAAGGGCAUGCCCUAACUUGUAUAGAUUUGUAUUACAGUUAAUAUGGAUGUCACCAUCAAAAAGACGAAGAAAAAUAAGGCGGGCAGCUAAAUGUCCUCAUCAAUACCUCAAAUUGGUGGAGAUUGUUGGAUAUUAUGGCCGUACUAGUGAUGAUGAACUUGCCAUGUACUUCAUUGAGAAUGCUAUUGCCCUCCAGAAAAUAGUUAUUGAUCCUCGACACCAAAUUUUGGAGAGAACUCCGAUAAGGAAUGACAAAAUCAAGCGGGAGGAAGCUGCUGCAAGAAAUGCUGCAAAGAAGCAACUUGAAGCGAAAAGGCCUCCAGGCGUUGAACUGGUAAUCCUUUGAAUGCAUCGUAGUGUGUGUCUUUUAACUUCACUGUGAUUGAAAUUGUGUAUUUAUAGAUUAUAAGCACACAUUUCUCAAUAAAAAGAAAUUUAAAAAAAAGGCAAGAAUAGAGUUAUUCGUAAUAAGUUGAAUUCUUUGUAUACUAGGAAGCAAAUUCAUGGAUACUACUAAAUAGAUGGGUACUAUUUAAAGGUUGUCGUACAAUGUUUACUUUAGUCUUCCCUAAAAUGAUUGGGAGACUGCUGGUUGUGACA